GAAUGGCCGUGUUUCUUGUGAUGCGGACAUAGAGAGGCUCACACUGAACGAGGGAUACGUCAACGGGACACAUGUAAGCUGUGUGUCUGUACCUGAAUAUGUAUUUAUCUUUGUCAGUUGUGUGUCUGUCAGUCUUUAUGUAUCUCUGUGUGUGUGUGUGUUCACCUGUGUUAAUUAAGUCUGCUAGUGUGCAUUUGAUGUGAAUCCUGUGUGUGCAUUUAUCUGUGUGCGUUUUAUAUUGUGUGUGUGCGUUUUAUAUUGUGUGUGUGUAACGGUGUCUGUCUGGUGUCCAGUAUAGUGUGUGUGUGUGUGUAACGGUGUCUGUCUCUGUUCUUCAGUACAGGAUGGAGCCGGGUCACGCCGUUCAGGAGACGUUUACCGUGGAGGAGGACCCUCAGGAAGCUCCCCCCGUCAUCUCCGUGGAAACCAGCGAAGAUGGCACCACGCGCCGCACAGAAACUACGGUACUAUCUUUACACACACACACACACACACACACACACACACACACAACACACACACACCACACACACACACACAGUUGACACUUGAGGAUUGUGAAUUACAUUAGCUAAUUGACUGACCAUUUCUGCCUCCACACCUCCUACUUUCUCUCUUUUAUAUUUUCUUCUCUUUCUCUCCCCUCCUCCUUUUCCUCUCCAACCUCUCUCCCCCUCCCCUGACUCGUACGGUCAUUCACACCAUGUCCGACACUAACCUUGUAUCUGUUUCUCCUCUCCUCCCCCUCUCCUUCCUCCUCUCCCUCCUCCCCCUCCUCUCCCUCCUCUCCCUCCUCCCCCUCUCCUCCCUCCUCCCCCUCUCCUCCCCCUCUCCUCCCUCCUCCCUCCUCCCCCUCUCCUCCCCCUCUCCUCCCUCCUCCCCCUCUCCUCCCUCCUCCCUCCUCUCCCCAGGUAAAGAAGGUAGUGAAGACUACCAUGACUCGUACAGUCAUCCCCUCUGUGUCUGACAACCUCUCCCUGGAUGGAGGGGGGUCUAUGACAGGUAUGGGGGGUUACACCACCCCCAUGGAGCGGGUCUACAGACAGCCAGGGCCUCCCAUGGACUACCCCACCAACACCGUGCCCCGAAACUACCAGUACGGACCCCCGGCGGGGUACGACGACUACCGCCAGGGCCCUCCCUCCAUAGGGGAGACCUACGCCAGCCUGAGCAGGGGAGCACGCAUGGACGACCGCUACAGGUAGGAUAGAUGAAGAUGACAGAGAACUCUUCUGUGGGAUCUGUUGUUUCUUAACCAUAGGAGUGGAGUUGGGAGACAAUAGAUAUAUCAUCUCUUUUCCCCCGCUCUCCUCCUCAACGCUCCCCUCUCCUCUCCUCCCCCCCCUCUUCUCCUCUCCCCUCCCCACUUCUCCCCCUCCAGGCCAGCGGAUGGGUACCGGACCCUGGACUCAGGAUACAGAGCCAUCAGCAGGAACCAGCUGGACCCAUACGCAGCACAGCCACAGGUGGGUCGUGUUAAAUAAAGUGGGUCGUAUGGCCAAUGUGUUGUUGCUGUGGAGACUGCAGAGUGUGUAUUAACAUGUGAUGAAAUUGUAUUGGUCAGGUGGGUCGUAUGGGCAGUGCGUUGGAGCUGUCGGGGAUGCAGAGGUUUGUCGCGGAGCCGUAUGGUCUGGAAGAUGACCAGAGGAGUGUGGGAUAUGACGAGGCAGACUACGGCAUGGGACCGGCCAUCCACUACGGGACAGUACCACGCAACCAGCACGCCUUUAACCACGGACCGCCCCGCAGGACAGGGUACAGACACCAGUGUGUGGAAGGGGGGGGGUGUGUGUGUUGAUCUGAAAGGUUGUGUGUGUGACAUUUCUGUCGCUGUAUUUGUGCCUUAAUGUCUGGUCUCCCUUUCUCUAUCCCUGGUUGGUUAUUCAGUCAGUGUAGUGUCCACUCCAUACUAACCCCUGUCGGUGUAGUGUCCACUCCAUACUAACCCCUGUCGGUGUAGUGUCCACUCCAUACUAACCCCUGUCGGUGUAGUGUCCACUCCAUACUAACCCCUGUUGGUGUAGUGUCCACUCCAUACUAACCCCUGUCGGUGUAGUGUCCACUCCAUACUAACCCCUGUCGGUGUAGUGUCCACUCCAUACUAACCCCUGUCGGUGUAGUGUCCACUCCAUACUAACCCCUGUCGGUGUAGUGUCCACUCCAUACUAACCCCUGUCGGUGUAGUGUUCACUCCCUACUAACCCCUAUCUCUACCUCCCAUCCCAUCCCAGGAGUAGUGUCCACUCCAUACUAACCCCCUACCUCUUCUCUCCCCUCCCAGGAGCUAUGAAGGGACUCUGGAUGGAGACAUGAGUGGAGCUGGGGACAUGUACUACUGGGGUGGUGCACCCCUGGCCCAGGGAGAGAGGGGUAGCAUGGCCUCAUUGGACAGGUGAGACUCCUUGGUGGCAUAUAUUUUUGAUAUAUCAGGGGUAUUCAAAUCCAAGCCUGGAGGUCCGGACCAGGGCCUAAAAUGAACACCCUCCACCUGCCGAACGCGGGUAGAUUUUGGCAUUGGCGGGUCAGAUGUCUAUUUCACCAGCCACGUUGGCAGGUGGAUCAGGGCUCCACAGUUCGUGCAUUUCACUCACAUUUGUGAAUACAAAAUUGUUAAGUAUGAUCACAUUUAUAGUCAAUUAAAUGCUGCAGUAGCUGUUUUCAAAGUAUUUCUGCCGUUUUGUUUCAUAGCUGGUAAAUUAAUCGCACAAAGUCAAAGAACUAGGAAUCCUACAGUAUAGCCUAUCCCACGUCGCACUGCAACACUGCCUGGCAGGGGGCUGGGAGCCUGUGAAGAGCUGAGUGAAAGAUUCAUUUUUAGCAGCGCUGCGCACAGGAAUAAAAGUUAAUCUAAUUGACUUGAAGCUAAAGUCUACUGAAGUGAGACUGUGUCCUUGUGUUCCUUGGCUAUUUACAUGUGUUUUGUUCACAAGCGAGGUUGUUUUUCAAUGUUUUGAGUUUUAAAUGCUAGAGAAGAGAAAACAACCCUGCUGCCAGUCAGGCACAAACAUGAAUCCAGGCGCGUUACCACGGUAACCUCCCGCCCUUAACGGGGCAGGUGAUCAUUCUUGUUAAAAGACUCUGGUCACAAAAAAUGAAAUGAAACAAUAUACCUCAUUACUUCUUACUAGUAAUACAUGUAUUGUUUUAGAAACAUUACAAAGCAUGCUCAUCUGUUUUCUUUGUGUUUAGUUGGUGUAAUUUUAGGGGGGGGAAAUAUUUUGGCUGGUAUAAAAUCUGAGUGGCUGGUAGAUCUUUAAAUCUACCUGCCACAGUGGCUGGUGGAACAAAAAGUUAAUUUUAGGACUUGUCCGGAUUACUGCUGGUUUUCUGUUCUACCUGAUCAUUAAUUGCACCCGCCUUGUGUCCCAGGUCUAAGUCAGUCCCUAAUUAGAGGGGAAGAAUGAUAUUCAGCAGUAGAACUAGAUUCAAGGUCCAGAUUUGGAAUUUACCUUCACUACUGUAAGUCGCUUUGGUUGAAAGUGUUAUAUAUAUAUAUAUAUAUAUUCUCUUAUCUGAUUGGCCAGCACCCUGAGGAAAGGCCCCGCCGCCACUUCCUGGAGACAGCCUGAGCUGCCGGAGGUCAUCGCCAUGCUUAACUACAGACUGGACCCCGUCAAGAGCAACGCUGCCGCAUACCUGCAGCACCUCACCUUUAAGAACGACAAGGUAAUUUAUACACCUGCAGCACCUCACCUUUAAGAACGACAAGGUAAUAUGUACACCUGCAGCACCUCACCUUUAAGAACGACAAGGUAAUUUAUACACCUGCAGCACCUCACCUUUAAGAACGACAAGGUAAUUUAUACACCUGCAGCACCUCACCUUUAAGAACGACAAGGUAAUUUAUACACCUGCAGCACCUCACCUUUAAGAACGACAAGGUAAUAUAUACACCUGCAGCACCUCACCUUUUAAGAACGACAAGGUAAUAUAUACACCUGCAGCACCUCACCUUUAAGAACGACAAGGUAAUUUAUACACCUGCAGCACCUUACCUUUAAGAACGACAAAGUAAUGGGCAUGUUCCUCUGCCCAGGUGUUGCUGACGCCUGCCAGAUCUUACAACGCCUGGAUAUUUUAUGUAUCGGCUAACCACAUCAUAUGUUAAAGCAAUCAGUUAGUCGAUGACGUGGCACGUAACCAUUGGUUGAUGCAAGCAACGUCUGAGCAGGGGAACGCGACCAAUACACCUCACCUUUAAGAACGACAAGGUAACAUGUGACUUGCUCUACAUAAUCAGUCACAUUGACCCAAAAACCAUUUGGAAUUUUAGACAGUGCUGGAAAGAAGAGAAUGUUAGCUUCGUAAUGAGGCCAACAUGAUCUCUCUACUCCAAAUAUCAAACGAGUUAUGUGCCAUUUACAUGUAGUGUCCCCACACCAACUAAGUCAAAGUUUGCAGUUACUUUUAAGACGUUUAUUCAAAGAAUGAAUAUCAACUUAAUACAAAACAUAAUACAUGAAAUCCAUUAACAUGUUCUUUCUUUCUCUCUCACACACUCACACUACAUAUAAAUUCCAUCUUGCUCUAACUAUAUUGACAUAGUGUCUGUCUGCAUCGUUGUCAUGUGCACAUGUAUACAUACCCACAUGUGAACACGUACAAGCAACAGAAUGUAUUGGCUACAUUCACUUAUGUUCACACGUGCACGUACAUGACAGAGAAACACGCGCACGUCACAUGUUCAUGCCACGACAUGUGCGAAGACUACAUGCGGUGUGCACGUGUUUGAACGCAUGUGUACGUGCACAUGCAUGAAACGCCCAUGUCAAGCAACUUGGAUGCAGUGUUGAAGUAAAAUCAUCUCAAGCAAAUGUGGUGAUACUCAAAGGAACUCAAACAACAUUGAAAUUGGAUCAAUUGUAUAUAUUUUUUAUAUACAUAUCCCGUUUAGAAUGUGUUUUGUGAUGCGGUUCACAGCAGCACUGACAGAUGUGUUGGCAUGACAACUGCGUCAGAGUUGUGAACGACAUAUCCUCCUCUCCUUCCUUGUGUUCCAUGCUGGCUGAAGACCUAGCUAGCCAGUAACGCGCUAACACCAGACACGGAUGACAGGGGAAACGUAUAAGGAUCUUUGCCAUAGAUGAAUAGGGUAAACUUGGAAUUAUAUUUGCUGACACCCUACAGUCACAUUUUGGCACCAGUGGAGUAGCUAUUUAUCUAUAUAAACCACGCUCCUCUGCAAACUUGCCUUCUCUGAUGUUGGUUACAAGGCAGUACUUAUGCAAACACACCUUCUCCGAUGUUGGUUACAAGGCAGUACUUAUGCAAACACAUCUUCUCCGAUGUUGGUUACAAGGCGGUACUUGUAACCAACAUCGGAGAUGGCGUGUUUGCGGAGAGGUAUGGUUUAUAUAGCUAGAUAGAAUGUUUCACUGCAGAUCAUGUCCUCUGAUGUUUCCUUUCUUUUGUUGGCUCCUUUUUGAGCUGACCGUUUCCUUGCAGAGGUUUCCAUGGAACCAGCGAUCUUGCCAAUGAGCACUAGAUGUUUUUCAUCUGAAAAAUAAGACGAAUAGCAAUGUAUAAUUCUUUAACAUUCAGUCAUCGUUAUAAUCUAUUCUAGUAAAUACAUUUAGUAAUAUCAACACACUUUCUAUAACACACAAAUUACACACAACCUGCACUCAUUGAAAUGCAUGCGUGAACACACACACACACACACACACACACACACUUUUACUAGUAUUGUAAAUGGGCCAUGUUUGAUAUUAAAGGUAUGUGAUAACUAUAGAUGGCCAUUUCAUGCAUUUAUGUAACCUGUCAUUUGGACAAAUAUAUUCACUCACUCACUCGCUCAACUACAAACACACACAGGUCCCGUAAGUUACGAGCUACAUAGCUAGCUAGGUUGCAUGGGCAGAACAUCCCCCACUUCUCUCUCUCUCCCUCUCUCCCAUGCCACACAUUCACUCACUCUCUCUCUCACACACACACACACACACACACACACACACAUACACACACACACUUGGCUUUAAUACACACGAAAAGGUAAUUUCUACACCUGCAGCACCUUACCUUUAAGAACGACAAGGUAAUAUCUUUAUCUAUACACACUUUCUUUAUAUACACACAGCCACUACCUGCAGCACCUCACCUUCACAGCCCCUUGCAUAUCUACCUCAAUGACCUCGUACCCCUGCACAUCCACCCCGUACUGGUACCCCUUCUAUCGUUACUCAUUGUGUAUUUAUUAUUACUUUUGUUAAUAAGUGUUAUUCUUUUUCUAUUUUUUCAAUUUUCUCUCUGUCUGCAUUUUUGAAGGGCCCAUAAGUAAGCAUUUCACUGUUAGUCUACGCUUGUUGUUUACCAAGCAUGUGACGAAUAAAAUUAGAUUUGAUUACACACACACACACACACACACACACACACACACCCUUUAUCUAUUCAUAAACACAGCCAUGCUGCAGGCUACCUAGCUACUGUCUUUCAUGUCAGAAUGAGAGCAAGACACAACCACUAACACCUCUCCUUCCUCUCCUCUCCUCUCUCCCUCCAUCCCUCUCUCUCCCUCCUCUCCUUCCUCUCCUCUCUCCCUCCUUCCCUUUCCUCUCCUUCCUCUCCCCCUCCCCCCUCCCUUCUCCUCCCUCCCCUCCAGGUGAAGACAGAUGUCCGUCGUAUGAAAGGUAUCCCAUCCCUGGUGUCCAUGUUAGACAACCCUAAGAAGGAGGUUCACCACGCUGCCUGCGGCGCGCUCAAAAACAUAUCUUACGGACGAGACGCUGACAAUAAGAUCGCCAUCAAGAACUGUGAUGGAAUACCGGCCCUGGUCAGACUACUGAGGAAGACCAGAGACCAAGACCUGACCGAUACUAUCACAGGUAAUACUACUGCUGUUACUACCAGUAUACUACUGCUGUUACUACCAGUAUACUACUGCUGUUACUACCAGUAUACUACUGCUGUUACUACCAGUAUACUACUGCUGUUACUACUAGUAUACUACUGCUGUUACUACUAGUAUACUACUGCUGUUACUACCAGUAUACUACUGCUGUUACUACAGUAUACUACUGCUGUUACUACCAGUAUACUACUGCUGUUACUACCAGUAUACUACUGCUGUUACUACUAGUAUACUACUGCUGUUACUACCAGUAUACUGACUGACUGUUACUACCAGUAUACUACUGCUGUUACUACUAGUAUAUACGUGCUGUUACUACCAGUAUAUCUGCUUCUGUUAGCUACUACCAGUAUACUACUGCUGUUACUACCAGUAUACUGCUGCUGUUACUACCAGUAUACUGCUGCUGUUACUACCAGUAUACUACUGCUGUUACUACCAGUAUACUACUGCUGUUACUACCAGUAUACUACUGCUGUUACUACCAGUAUACUACUGCUGUUACUACUAGUUACUACUGCGUUACUACCAGUACUACUCGAUGUACUACCAGUAUACUACUGCUGUUACUACCAGUAUACUGCUGUUGUUGAACAGUAUACUGCUGUGUUACUACCAUAUACUGCUGCUGUUACUAAGUAUACUACUGCUGUUACUACCAGUAUACUAGUGCUGUUACUACCAGUAUACUGCUGUUUAUAAUUAUAUUACUACUAUGUGGUAACCAGUAGCUACUAUGUAUACAGUAAUACUACUGCGUACUACAGUUACUAGUGUAGUAUUACUACUACUAAGUGGGUAACGUAUGGUAUAAGUGUAGUAUUACUACUAUAGUGGGUAACGGUAGUGUAUAAGUGUAGUAUUACUACUACAGUGGGUAACGGUAGUGUAUAAGUGUAGUAUUACUACUAUAAGUGGGUAACGGUAGUGUAUAAUGUAGAUACUACUAUAAGUGGUAACGGUAGUGUAUAUGUAGUAUUACUACUAUAGUGGGUAACGGUAGUGUAUAAGUGUAGUAUUACUACUAUAGUGGGUAACGGUAGUGUAUAAGUGUAGUUAUUACUACUAUAAGUGGGUAACGGUAGUGUAUAAGUGUAGUAUUACUACUAUAAGUGGGUAACGGUAGUGUAUAAGUGUAGUAUUACUACUAUAAGUGGGUAACGGUAGUGUAUAAGUGUAGUAUUACUACUAUAAGUGUGUAACGGUAGUGUAUAAGUGUAGUAUUACUACUAUAAGUGGGUAACGGUAGUGUAUAAGUGUAGUAUUACCACUUCAACAAUCUGAAACCUGACUUCAUAGUUUGAGGUUGAGGUGUUAUGGAGUGUUUUCUCAACUGUUUUCAUUUCUCUCAUUGUUUAUCUAAAUAAGCAGAUAUUAGGAUAAUGUUGAUGCCGGUGGUACUGGUGACGGUGGUGGUGACGGUAGUAGUGGUGGUGAUGAUGGUAGUGAUGAUGAUCCGUCUCCCUCUUCCUCAGGCACGCUGUGGAACCUGUCGUCUCACGACUCCGUGAAGAUGGAGAUCGUUGACCACGCGCUGCACGCCCUCUCAGACGAGGUGAUGGUGCCGCACUCGGGCUGGGAGAGGGGCAAUGAGGGAGGAGGAGAGGAAAACCUCAAACCCCGACACCUGGAGUGGGAGACGGCCCUCACCAACACAGCUGGCUGUCUGAGGUACAGAGAGGGGGAUGGAGCGAUUGUAUAGUGGGAGGAAGAAGAGGGUGAUAUGGCCAGAAUAUCAUAUCACAAUACGUUUCUCAUUUUUUAACGGUAUUUUAUGUUUUCUGAAUAAUAAAAGUUCUAAAUAUGUUUAAUGCUUGAACCUUGACCCUAGAAUUUCAACGGAUUAAUUCUUAAUGCUUUUUACUGGACUUUCUCUAUUCUGAUGGUUUUAUACUCAACCAAACUAGGACCAAACUGACCGUGAAGUCGUCCAAUUUGUUGAACUUUUCAUUUAACUUAGCACUGUAUGAAAAUAUCGUUAUAGACGGCAUUGUAAAAAGACAUACCAGUAUUGAAGAUGUAUCGGCCAGCACUAAAACAGCCAUGUGUAGUCCAUGAGUGAGUGGUAGCUGUGUGUUCAUCUUGCAGUGGUGCGUGUAUGUGCAUGUCUGUACAUGUGUGCCUGAGGAAUUCCCUAACGGUAGGGCAGAGUGGGAAUGUGCUGUCUUCUACGGUGGGUGGGUCUCUCUCUCUGUUAAAGGCAGGCUACAACACAAUGACUGGCCCAGUAACCUGAACUACCAUCUCACUACACUGGAGUUUAACCACCACAGGCUGCAUCCUAAAUGGCGCCCUAUGUAGUGCACUACUUUUGGCAUCCCUAACUUUAGUGCACCACAUAGAGAAUAGGGUGUCUUUUGGGACGGAGCCACACCCUUUCAGUCUUUCAGUCUCUCAGUCUCUGAAACCAGCACACUGAAAUAGGACCGCUCAGUGUUUUAUUACUAAUGGUUGUGUUGUGUGCUGGAAUCCUUAUGUGGCCACUGAUAGUAGCCACUCUCAUUCCACUCUCUCUCUGUCUCUCUCUCUCUGUCUUUCUCUGUCUUUCUCUCUCUGUCUUUCUGUCUUUCUCUCUCUCUCUCUGCCUCUCUCUCUCACUCUCUCUGCCUCUCUCUCUCUCUCUCUCUCUCUCUCUCUCUCUCUCUCUCUCUCUCUCUCUCUCUCUCUCUCUCUGUCCAUUUUAUUCUGUCCCUCUGUUUCUGUAUUGCUUGUUAUUUUGCUUUCUCACACACCCCUUCUCUCCCUCUCCUCCCCCCUCUCUCGCUCUCUCUCUAAAACAGGAACGUGAGCUCAGAGCGCAGUGAGGCCAGGAGGAAGCUGAGAGAGUGCACAGGAUUAGUCGACUCGCUCAUGUACAUCGUCCAAUCACAGAUAAACCUGAAAGACGUGGACAACAAGGUGCGCAUGCGCACACAAUGCUGUUUUUCUUGCUAUCCUUUCAACGUGAUCCUGAACUUUGAUUGUGUGCCCGCAUAUAUUUUAAUCCUGUUUCCUUUUCUCUCUCUCUCUCUCUCUCUCUCUCUCUCUCUCUCUCUCUCUCUCUCUCUCUCUCUCUCUCUCUCUCUCUCUCUCUCCUCUCUCUCUCUCUCUCUCUCUCUCUCUCUCUCUCUCUCUCUCUCUCUCUCUCUCUCUCUCUCUCUCUCUCUCUCUCUCUCUCUCUCUCUCUCUCUCUCUCCAGCUGAUAGAGAACAGUAUGUGUCUGCUGAGGAAUCUGUCCUAUCAGGUAUUGUUGUUGUUGAUAAUGUUCCCCUUUCUCCCCUGUUUCUUUCUAGUGUUUUCUUCUGCCUUCUGUGACCUUUUGAAUUGGACUUUUAAAGAGAUUCUCUGGUACUUCUGUGGGCUUUAUUAGCCAGUAGUUGUUAGUGUUGCACGGUAUUCCCAAACCUCUGUACGUUUUCGAUACCAGAACAUGACAAACGGUUUGGUACUGGAAUUAAUGUUACUUUUGGUGCUUGUGUCAAAUGAGUCUCACGUCGUCUACUGAUUGAGAGAGGAUCAAGUCUGUUUAUCAGCGUAGACGAUGUCCCCUUAUAGCGCCAGAGCACUGUGCCUGCUCCACUUACCCACUGCUGGCUCUAGCCUGUUCUGAGGAACCACUGCACUCACUGGGAGUCCGGGCUGCAUCAUCGUGUUGCACAGAAGUUAACACACUUUAAUAAAGCAACACGGCAUAUAGAAAUGUUGAAACUGUUAAUUACUGUUAGCAAAACAAUGUCCAUUACAGGCUAGAACACUUUACAAUGCAAGAAGAUAGCGGUAGCUUCCAGCUUUGUAGGAACAUUUUCCUUGCUAGCUUACAGCUGAAGCUAACAUCAAUUCAAUACCCUACUACCUUGUUUGUGAUGACAUUCAAACCAUAACGAAAAAUAUUUCUGAUUUCAAAGCUGAUUGUAACCAAAACCUUUAUUAAUUCACUUCGUCUCUCCCGCCUCAUUUCUUUCCCAGUCAAGAUCAUAUUUGCUUGAGCUUUGAACUGACUGUGUGUGUAAAUGAUGUCAUGGGUCUUAAAGAGACAGUGCACACUUUUAUAAAAUGAGAUUGCUUCUUCUAUGCAAAUCUUGAUUUACCCAGUUUAUCAAUAGAGAUUUACCAUUCAAAUAAAUGAUUACCAUUAUGUUGUUAUGGAGUUAGAUUAGUAAAAAAACGAUUUCACUACACUACACAUUUAAAAUGUAAUGAUAUUGAACUCGAAGAUCUGUCUGGAUCAAGUGCCAUUCUGUGACUUUGGCCAUGGUAUCGUUUUUUUGCCAUGGUAUCGUUUUGGUACUGUAUCGAGUAUCAUGAUACUAAACCUGGUAUCUGUAUCGCAGUCGAAAUUCUGGUAUCGUGACAACACUUUUCACAGUUCUGAAAGUAGCGCUCACGAGCCAAAAGUGGUCCCUGAAAAUUGCGUACUACGUCACAUAUGCAUAGAUAUGUGCACCACGUCACUGCUCUCUCUCACUCUGUUGUGUGUGCAUCUUGCUAGCUGUCACUCAAAUGACGAGGGGCUGAAGCUCAUUGGCUAGAACUUGAAUUGCUAGGGUGUUGGCCCACAUGGGGUAAAAUGUAGGGAAAAUGGCGCAGCACAGCUUCCAGAAAAAGAUGCUUUCAAACUAGGGAUUUCAUGGCUAAUUGAAGUAAGACAGUAAUUCUGCUCAUAGAUUAUGAAUGCAUGAAGUACAUAUUGACACAUCAGCCCAAAGCGGGAGGGUUAAAAAAUUACUUAGGAGUCAGCAAAGUUCCGGAGCAUGUCUUUAAAUAAGCAAUAUUAUACUAUAUAAUUCUAAUUGUGAUUUGACCUUAGGUGCACCGGGAGGUGCCGGGCGCUGAGCGCUACCAGGAAGCCAUGUCCCUCAACCAGGGCCCCGCCCCCUCCACUGGAAAGACCAACCGCUUCAGCUCCCGCAGGGGCAAAGGUGGGUGUGUCUGUGUUCUCCUGUGUGAGAGUGUUUAUAUUAUGUGUGUGGAAGACAGAUGGAGAGUGAGAGUGAUGUAAUUGUUGACUUUAGAGUGUGUGUGUGUAGUAUAGUGACAGUGUAGCAGGAAAGACAGACAGCAGACAGGUCUCUGUUUACCCCGUCCUAAAGAAUGGUCUCUGUUUACCCCGUCCUAAAGAAUGGUCUCUGUUUACCCCAUCCUAAAGAAUGGUCUCUGUUUACCCCAUCCUAAAGAAUGGUCUCUGUUUACCCCGUCCUAAAGAAUGGUCUCUGUUUACCCCGUCCUAAAGAAUGGUCUCUGUUUACCCCGUCCUAAAGAAUGGUCUCUGUUUACCCCGUCCUAAAGAAUGGUCUCUGUUUACCCCGUCCUAAAGAAUGGUCUCUGUUUACCCCGUCCUAAAGAAUGGUCUCUGUUUACCCCGUCCUAAAGAAUGGUCUCUGUUUACCCCGUCCUAAAGAAUGGUCUCUGUUUACCCCGUCCUAAAGAAUGGUCUCUGUUUACCCGUCCUAAAGAAUGGUCUCUGUUUACCCCGUCCUAAAGAAUGGUCUCUGUUUACCCCGUCCUAAAGAAUGGUCUCUGUUUACCCCAUCCUAAAGAAUGGUCUCUGUUUACCCCAUCCUAAAGAAUGGUCUCUGUUUACCCCAUCCUAAAGAAUGGUCUCUGUUUACCCCAUCCUAAAGAAUGGUCUCUGUUUACCCCAUCCUAAAGAAUGGUCUCACUCUAUCCUUACUGUCUGUGUGUCUGAUGUCUGUCUGUGAUAUAAAUUAUUUGUUUGUUUCUCUCUGACAUUUUGUUUUUGAUGGUUUGUCUUUGUGUGUCUGUCUGUGUGCUGGCAUGCACAUUAGUGUGUGUUUUUGCUGGGAUAGUUUCUAAUCUAAGUCUACAGUUGAGCUAUGCUUGGUGCUUUGGUGGGAGGAGCUGUGGAGGUGUUUGGGUGGCUGGGUCACUACUGCUGUUCUCGCUCAGACUGAAAUGAACUUCCUUUCUCCUCUCCUUCCAUCAUUCCUCCCGCCCUCCAUCCUCCUCCCUCGUUCUCCUCUCCUUCUUUCUGCUGUGGAACAGACGAGUGGUGUUCUAAAGGUAAGCUCUGACUCUUUGAUGACCUCUGCUUGGCUGCUUGCUAGAGCAUUAAUUAGGACUGGCUAAUGCUACUGUCAGUCUCCUAACUCUAAUGCUACAGUGUCAGUCUCCUAACUCUAAUGCUACUGUGUCAGUCUCCUAACUCUAAUGCUACUGUGUCAGUCUCCUAACUCUAAUGCUACUGUCAGUCUCCUAACUCUAAUGCUACUGUGUCAGUCUCCUAACUCUAAUGCUACUGUGUCCGUCUCCUAACUCUAAUGCUACUGUGUCAGUCUCCUAACUCUAAUGCUACUGUGUCAGUCUCCUAACUCUAAUGCUACUGUCAGUUUCCUAACUCUAAUGCUAUUGUGUCUGUCUCCUAACUCUAAUGCUACUGUCAGUCUCCUAACUCUAAUGCUAUUGUGUCUGUCUCCUAACUCUAAUGCUACUGUGUCAGUCUCCUAACUAUAAUGCUACUGUGUCAGUCUCCUAACUCUAAUGCUACUGUGUCAGUCUCCUAUCUCUAAUGCUACUGUGUCAGUCUCCUAACUCUAAUGCUACUGUGUCAGUCUCCUAACUCUAAUGCUACUGUGUCAGUCUCCUAACUCUAAUGCUACUGUGUCAGUCUCCUAACUCUAAUGCUACUGUCAGUCUCCUAACUCUAAUGCUAUUGUGUCAGUCUCCUAACUCUAAUGCUUGUGUCAGUCUCCUAACUCUAAUGCUACUGUGUCAGUCUCCUAACUCUAAUGCUACUGUGUCAGUCUCCUAACUCUAAUGCUACUGUGUCAGUCUCCUAACUCUAAUGCUAUUGUGUCAGUCUCCUAACUCUAAUGCUUGUGUCAGUCUCCUAACUCUAAUGCUACUGUGUCAGUCUCCUAACUCUAUGCAUGCAUUGUCAUGCUCUCUACCGUCCCGUAGAGGAGGAUGUGUGUAAGAGAGAAAGUGCACGUGUGAGAGUGUGUGUGUGUGAGCAUGCGUGCUCCUACAUAGCAGCUUUUUCAGUGGCUCACAGAGGUGUGUGGUUCUAGAGCACCAUAGAGUGGGCAGAGUGUUCUAGAGCACCAUAGAGUGGGCAGAGUGACGAGGAAAGCAAAGGCUAGCUUUUUCAAACAGAAAUGUGCAUCCUGUAGCACUAACUCCAAAAAGUUUUGGGACACUGUAAAGUCCAUGGAGAAUAAGAGCACCUCCUCCCAGCUACCCACUGCACUGAUGCUAGGAAACACCGUCACCACCGAUAAAUCUAUGAUAAUCAAGAAUUUCAAUAAGCAUUUUGCUACAGCUGGCAAUGCAUUCCACCUGGCUACCCCUACCCCGGCCACCAGCUCUGCACCCUCCGCUGCAACUUGCCCAUGCCCCCUCCGCUUCUCCUUCACCCAAAUUCAGAUAGCUGAUGUUCUGAAAGAGCUGCAAAAUCUGGACCCCUACAAAUCAGCUGGGCUAGACAAUCUAGACCCUUUCUUUCUAAAAUUAGCCGCCGAAAUUGUAGCAACCCCAAUUACUAGCCUGUUCAACCUCUCUUUCGUAUCGUCUGAGAUCCCCAGAGAUUGGAAAGCUGCCGCGGUCAUCCCCCUCUUCAAAGGGGGUGACACUCUAGAUCCAAACUGUUACAGACCUAUAUCCAUCCUGCCCUGUCUUUCAAAAGUAUUUGAAAGCCAAGUUAACAAACAGAUCACAGACCAUUUCGAAUCCCACCGUACUUUCUCCGCUAUGCAAUCUGGUUUCCGAGCUGGUCAUGGGUGCAUCUCAGCCACGCUCAAGGUCCUAAACGAUAUAAUAACCGCAAUCAAUAAAAGACAGUACUGUGCAGCCAUCUUUAUCGACCUGGUCCAAGGCUUUUGACUCUGUCAAUCACCGCAUUCUUAUUGGCAGACUAAAUAGCCUUGGUUUCUCAAAUGACUGCCUCGCCUGGUUCACCAACUACUUCUCAGAUAGAGUUCAAUGUGUCAAAUCACAGGGCCUGUUGUCUGGACCUCUGGCAGUCUCUAUGGGGGUGCCACAGGGUUCAAAUCUUGGGCCGACUCUAUUCUCUGUGUAUAUCAAUGAUGUCGCUCUUGCUGCUGGUGAUUCUCAGAUCCACCUCAAUGCAGACGACACCAUUUUGUAUACAUCUGGCCCUUCAUUGUGUUAACAAACCUCCAAAUGAGCUUCAAUGCCAUACAACACUCCUUCCGUGGCCUCCAACUGCUCUUAAACGCUAGUAAAACUAAAUGCAUGCUCUUCAAUCGAACGCUGCUUGCACCUGCCCACCCGACUAGAAUCACUACUCUCGGCGGGUCUGACUUAGAAUAUGUGGAAAACUACAAAUACCUAGGUAUCUGGUUAGACCGUAAACGCUCCUUCCAGAGUCACAUUAAGCAUCUCCAAUCCAAAGUUAAAUCUAGAAUCGGCUUCCUAUUUCGUAACAAAGCCUCCUUCACUCAUGCUGCCAAAAAUGCCCUCGUAAAACUGACUAUCCUACCGAUCCUUGACUUUGGCGAUGUCAUUUACAAAAUAGCUUCCAACACUCUACUCAGCAAAUUGGAUGUAGUCUAUCACAGUGCCAUCCGUUUUGUCACUAAAGCUCCAUAUACUACCCACCAUUGUGACCUGUACGCUCUCGUUGGCUGGCCCUCACUACAUAUUCGUCGCCAAACCCACUGGCUCCAGGUCAUCUAUAAAUCACUGCUAGGCAAAUCCCCGCCCAAACACAACCACCAUCAGGUCCAACACCAUUGGUCACCAUAGCAACACCCACCUGUAUUAUGCGUUCCAGCAGGUAUAUCUCAUUGGUCAUCCCCAAAGCCAACACCUCCUUUGGCCGCCAUUCCUUCCAGUUCUCUGCUGCAAAUGACUGGAACGAACUGCAAAAAUCUCUGAAGCUGGAGACACUUAUCUCCCUCACUAUCUUUAAGCAUCAGUUGUCAGAGCACCUUACCGAUCACUGCACCUGUACACAGCCCAUCUGUAAUUAGUCCACCCAACUACUUCAUCCCCAUAUUGUUAUUUACAUUGUUAUUUAUUUUGCUCAUUUGCACCCCAGUAUCUCUAUUUGCACAUCAUCUUCUGCACAUCUAUCACUCCAGUGUUAAUACUAAAUUGUAAUUAUUUUGCACUAUGGCCUAUUUAUUGCCUUACCUCCAUAACUUACUACAUUUGCACACACUGUAUAUAGAUUUCUAUUGUGUUAUUGACUGUACGUUUUGUUUAUUCCAUAUGUAACUCUGUGGUGUUGUUUUUAUCGCACUGCUUUGCUUAAUCUUGGCCAGGUCGCAGUUGUAAAUGAGAACUUGUUCUCAACUGGCUUACCUGGUUAAAUAAAGGUGAAAUAAAAAAUAAAUAAAAAGAGGGUUCUAGAGCCCCAUAGAGUGGGCAGAGUGUUCUAGAGCCCCAUAGAGUGGGCAGAGGGUUCUAGAGCCCCAUAGAGUGGGCACAGUGUUCUAGAGCCCCAUAGAGUGGGCACAGUGUUCUAGAGCCCCAUGGAGUGGGCAGAGAGUUCUAGAGCCCCAUGGAGUGGGCAGAGAGUUCUAGAGCCCCAUAGAGUGGCAGAGAGUUCUAGAGCACCAUAGUGUGGGCAGAGGGUUCUAGAGUGUUCUGUGUGUCUGUUCCUGAGUGUUCUGAUGUUCUGUUGCAGGGAGAAAUAAUGAGGACGGAGCAGGAGAUAUGAUUGACAUUCCAAAGAGGACCACACCUGCCAAAGGUAACACAAUAUAAAGUGUUGUCAUGUAGACUAGAAUAUGAAUCUUUCUCAGUUGUCUAAAAACAUCUCUCCUGUCCACUUCUUUAUUGUACUGAUCUGAAAGAAGUGACCAGGUGAAAGCUCAGCCAGCCUGAUGAGCUUCCAUCACAUUGUUAUCACCUGUGUAGUUCUUUCAAAAUCAUGAUGCUUUCAAGACAACAUGUCAGUGAUCGUCAGGUCUGAAAGUCAGAGCUCUAGGAGGAGGCCCGAGUUUCCGACUUGGAAUUCCGAGUUAGAUGACCGUUCAAAGUGAUUUUUCCCAGUCGGAGCUAGUUUUUUCCCCCUGAGUUCCCAGUUGUCUUGAACGCACUGUCAGAGAUUUGUGAAUGCAGCAUCAGUGCAGGUGAAAAGGAGAAGACCAGUGUCUACAUGUUUCUGACUCCCCUCCGUACCUCCCUCCCUCCCUCCCUCCCUCCUCUCCCUCCCUCCCUCCUCUCCGUCUGUGUGUGUCCAGGUUAUGAGUUGUUGUUCCAGCCAGAGGUGGUGCGUGUCUACACCUCUCUGUUGAAGGAGAGUAAGAACCCCACUGUGCUGGAAGCCUCCGCCGGAGCCGUGCAGAACCUGUGUGCCGGACGCUGGACCGUGAGUCAACCACAACACCACCACACACCUUGAGACACCACGGCCUGUUACUUUAACCCAAACACAACCACCAUCAGGUCCGACACCACCACACAUCCCUUUCAGCCUCCUUCCUUGGCCUCUAACAAAGACACAGCCCUUUACACCUGAACCGUAAGUCAACCACAGUAUAAUCGCAAACUCCACCUUCAACCAAGACACCACCUUUCUAGACCCUUAUUAAACCACAGUCUAGUACUCAAAACAGUCUGUCCAUUUCCUGAGCACAACAACACUAAUGCCCACUCUAGAAUAAUCAUUCAUCUGUAUUUAUUCUCUCUCUCUCUCUCUCUCCUCUCUCUCUCUCUCUCUCUCUCUCCUCUCUCUCUCUCUCUCUCUCUCUCUCUCUCUCUCUCUCUCUCUCUCUCUCUCUCUCUCUCUCUCUCUCUCUCUCUCUCUCUCUCUCUCAGUAUGGGCGGUAUAUCCGUGCGUUGUUGCGUCAGGAGAAGGGUCUUCCCAUGAUGACAGAGCUGUUGGCCCAUGGUAACGACCGGGUGGUCAGGGCCAUGUCUGGAGCUCUGAGGAACCUGGCUAUUGACGCACGCAACAGAGACCUGCUGGGUUAGUAGUGUUUGUGUGGAACUGUUCAACUGUACUCAUUUGUUUUUCUCUCUCUCUCUCUCUCUCUCUCUCUGAGCUAACCUGUGUGUUUACAUACUAUAACUAUUAAUCUCGACCUCUUGUCUCUCUAGGUAAACAUGCAGUUCCCCACCUGGUAUCCAACCUGCCUGGUGGGGGUCAGAGCCAGCCUGUGAGGGCUCUGUCAGAGGAGACGGUGGUGUCUGUACUGAGCACCCUUCAUGAGGUACUGGGCUCCAGCCUGGACGCUGCCAAGCUCCUCAGAGCCUCGCAGGGCAUCGAGAGACUGGUGCUCAUCAAUAAGGACAGGUAAGAUGGAGUGUGUGUGUGUGUGUGUGUGUGUGUGUGACAAAAAAGAGGUUCAUGUGUCUAUAUCCAUCAGUAAGGAUGGGGUUUAACAGGAGUGUCAAACUCAAUCGCUGGUGGGCUGAGGGCCGGCAGGGUAUCUCUCCUCCCUUGUACUGAUCAAUUAGACAGGAAUUGAAAGGAAAUACCAAAAAAAAACAAAAGAGCCAUGUCCCUCCAGAGAUAAAGUUGAACUCCCCUGGGGGGCCAGUAUGAAAAUGUAUGCACUCACUAACUGUAAGUCGCUCUGGAUAAGAGCGUCUGCUAAAUGACUAAAAUGUAAAAUGUAACUCCCCUGGGGUGCACUGGGUGUCUAGUUUAACUCCCCUGGGGUGGACUGGGUGUCUAGUUGAACUCCCCUGGGGUGGACUGGGUGUGGAGUUGAACUCCCCUGGGGUGGACUGGGUGUGGAGUUGAACUCCCCUGGGGUGGACUGGGUGUGGAGUUGAACUCCCCUGGGGUGGACUGGGUGUCUAGUUGAACUCCCCUGGGGUGGACUGGGUGUGGAGUUGAACUCCCCUGGGGUGGACUGGGUGUGGAGUUGAACUCCCCUGGGGUGGACUGGGUGUGGAGUUGAACUCCCCUGGGGUGGACUGGGUGUGGAGUUGAACUCCCCUGGGGUGGACUGGUGGAGUUAACUCCCCUGGGGUGGACUGGGUGUUUAGUUGAACUCCCCUGGGGUGGACUGGGUGUGUAGUUGAACUCCCCUGGGGUGGACUGGGUGUGAGUUGAACUCCCCUGGGUGGACUGGGUGUUAGUUGAACUCCCUGGGGUGGACUGGGUGGAGUUGAACUCCCUGGGGUGGGACUGGGUGUGGAGUGAACUCCCACUGGGGUGUGACCCUGGGUGUGGUUGAACCCCUGGGGUGAUGUGGAAACUCCCUGGGGUGACUGGGUGUGUAGUUGAACUCCCUGGGUGGAUGGGUGUUAGUUACUCCCUGGGGUGGACUGGGUGUUUAGUUGAACUCCCUGGGGUGGACGGGUGUGUAGUUGAACUCCCCUGGGGUGGAUGGGUGUGUAGUUGAACUCCCUGGGUGGACUGGGUGUGAGUUGAACUCCCCUGGGGUGGACUGGGUUGGAGUUGAACUCCCUGGGGUGGACUUGGUGUGGAGUUGAACUCCCCUGGGGUGGACUGGGUGUGGAGUUGAACUCCCCUGGGGUGGACUGGGUGUGGAGUUGAACUCCCCUGGGGUGCACUGGGUGUGUAGUUGAACUCCCCUGGGGUGGACUGGGUGUUUAGUUGAACUCCCCUGGGGUGGACUGGGGGUGUCUCCUAUGGUUUUGUUUUGUGGGGUAUUUCUAUCACCUCUUUCUAUUUGAUGCUGUUUCUCUUUCUGAGUCCUCUAGUUCUCUCUCUCUCUCUCUUUCUGAGUCCUCUAGUUCUCUCUCUCUCUCUCUUUCUGAGUCCUCUAGUUCUCUCUCUCUUUCUGGGUCCUCUAGUUCUCUCUCUCUCUCUUUCUGAGUCCUCUAGUUCUCUCUCUCUCUGAGUCCUAGUUCUCUCUCUCUCUCUCCCUCUCUCUCUCUGAGUCCUAGUUCUCUCUCUCUCUCUUUCUGAGUCCUCUAGUUCUCUCUCUCUCUUUCUGAGUCCUCUAGUUCUCUCUCUCUCUUUCUGAGUCCUCUAGUUCUCCCGCUCUCUCUUUUUGAGUCUAGUUCUCUCUCUUUCUGAUACUCUUUAUAAAUGGAACUGUUUUAAGCUGUAGACUCCCCCUGGUAGUAACCGGUCAGAGCGAGUGGUGCGUGGGUAAGUCCUGCUACUCCAGAUGGUGUCUAACCCUCCUGUCUCUCUCUCUCUCUCUCUCUCUCUCUGUCUCUCUCUCCCUCUCCCUCUCCCCCCUAGUAACCGGUCAGAGCGAGAGGUGCGUGGUGCAGGCCUGAUACUCCAGUUAGUUUGGGGCUAUAAGGAGUUGAGGAAGACCCUGGAGAAGGAUGGCUGGAAGAAGACAGACUUCAUGGUGAAUCUCAACCCCCCCAACAACUCCCAGCCCCGGGUCAACGGAGGAUAUGAAGACAGCACGCUGCCGCUCAUAGACAGGGGUGAGACAGACCAUAGAUCUAGAUACACGUACUAAGAGGUCUUCACAGGUCUACCUGAAUAUCUGAGACCCGACUCCGGAACUAAGCGGGUCUGAGUCCAAAAUUCGAACUCGUCCGUCGGGUCUGGGUUGGAUCCAUGUUUGAUUGUCAUGGGUCUCUGGUCUAUGUAACUACAGCUGAUGGACCAGACCGGACCCGACUGGACCACGGCUCUGAAUAGACUAUAGCUGUCGUAUUCAAUGUUUUUCCCCCCAGAAUUUCUCACAACCCACACCCCACCACAAAUCAAAUGACACAACCCUAAAAUGGGUAAAUUUCGAUUUUUACAUCAACAAAAUAACCUUUUAUUCAUUACAUUUUAAUCUCUCCGAUAAAUGAAUGUACUCAAUAAAAUUAUAAAAUGGUGUUUUUCAAAUUAUUUCUCAAGAGUUUGUAUAUUAUACCAAUCUGUACUCUAAAUUAAAAACAAAAAACAUGAUUUUUUUUGAAUGUGGCGACCCCAGUCACCCAACCACUGCCUAUAACCACACACUAUCAGUCUAUCAUCCUGUGACUGUGUUUGUUUGUCAGGAGGAGGAAACAGAGAGAGAGACAUGAUUCCACUAAAUGAUAUGGGACCAGGUAUGUCUGAGCACACACACACACACACUCACACACACACACACACACACACACACACACAUACACACACACACACACACACACACACACACACACACACACACACACAGUUGUUAACAGCCCUUGGCUGUCUUCCAGAUGCCUACUCCACACUGGACCAGAGGGGGAGGAAGAACACUCUGGACGCAACACUCGAGCCUGCUGACAAAGACACAGCACAGGUACACACACACACACACAGAGCAUGUUCUCACACGUCUCACUAAAUACUGUGGUUAGCUUCUUUUCUCACAAACGAUUUCUCACUUAACUUCCCCUCAACUUCUUCUGACACUAACCCACUUUAUCAACCCUCCCCCUCUCUCUCUCGCCCUCUCUCUCUCCCUUGUUAUCACAUUCUUCUUGUCUUCAUAUUGUUAUUUCUGAACACACCCUUCUGUCUGUCACUUUCUCUCUGCCCCCUCUGCCCCCUCUGCUUCAACCCACCACCUCUCUGUUACCACCUCUCUGUUACCACCUCUCUGUUACCACCUCUCUGUUACCACCGCUCUGUUACCACCGCUCUCUGUUACCACCUCUCUGUUACCACCUCUCUGUUACCACCUCUCUGUUACCACCUCUCUGUUACCACCUCUCUGUUACCACCUCUCUGUUACCACCUCUCUGUUACCACCGCUCUGUUACCACCGCUCUGUUACCACCGCUCUGUUACCACCUCUCUGUUACCACCUCUCUGUUACCACCUCUCUGUUACCACCUCUCUGUUACCACCGCUCUGUUACCACCUCUCUGUUACCACCUCUCUGUUACCACCUCUCUGUUACCACCGCUCUGUUACCACCGCUCUGUUACCACCGCUCUGUUACCACCGCUCUGUUACCACCUCUCUGUUACCACCUCUCUGUUACCACCGCUCUGUCACCACCUCUCUGUCACCCCACCUCCCUGUCACCACCGCCCUGUCACCACCGCCCUGUCACCACCGCCCUUCCUCUUCCUUCUCUUCCCUCUUCUCCCUCCCCCUUUUCUCGCUCUCCUCUCCUCCUAACUACCCUCAUCUCUCCUCUCAUUGUCUCUCCCCUCAUCUCUCCCCACCUUGUCUCUCCCCAUCUUGUCUCUCUUCCCUCCACCCCCUCUCGAACUACCCCUCCUCCCCCUUCUCUCUUCUCCCCCCUCCCCCUUCUCUUUCCUCCUCCACCCUUCUCGCUCUCUCUCCCCCCUCCCCCCAUUCUCUUUCUCUCCCUCCUCCCCUUCUCUCUUUCUCCCCCUCCUCCCCCCUUCUCUCUUUUCCUCCCUCCUCCCCCUUCUCUCUUUCUCCCCCUCCUCCCCCCUUCUCUCUUUUCCUCCCUCCUCCCCCUUCUCUCUUUCUCCCCCUCCUCCCCCCUUCUCUGUUUUCCUCCCUCCUCCCCCUUCUCUUUCUCCCCCUCCUCCCCCCUCUCUCUUUCCCCCUCCUUCCCUUCUCUCUUCUCCUCCCUCCUCCCCUUCUCUCUUUUUCUCCCUCCUCCCCCCUUCUCUCUUUCUCUCCCUCCUCCCCCCUUCUCUCUUCCCCCUCUCAGGGAGGGCUGUAUGAGGAGAGGCGGGACUCUGUUCCUCUCAUGGACUCUUAUGACGGUUAGGCCACACCCCCUCACACACUGCAUGUGAGCGCAUGGUAUGUGUGUCCACUGACUGAACACCUGCCUUUCUCACUAAACCGCAUGGCCUAACCUGUGUGUGUCCAUUGGAUUGGUUUGUUCUUUCUUGCUCCCUCUGCUGGUGAAUUGUAUAUUUGAUGUAGUAUGUUGUUGAUCUUGUGUCUUGAUGUUUGUUCAUUUGUUCCAUGUCUGUUCCGUGUCUGUGUCCUCUCAAUCCUCUAAGCUUAUACAGCUGGUUUAUGAGUUGCACUCGUACAACAAAUAUUGCACAUGGUAUUAACCCCUCUCUCUCUCUCUCGCUCCACACCCUCUCUCUCCUUUCUUGUCUUCCCACAGAGAAACUGAUAGUGUGCAUCACUAGAAGAGAGCAGCCUCUCCCAGCCUACUGCCCCUGCUGAACCUCUGGACACAACACUGACUCCACUAGGACUGGACACUCUCUCCUUCUGUCUCUCUCCCGUUUUCGGACUAUUUUUCUCUCUUUUCUUUCUCUCUCUCUCGCCCCUUCUCUCUUUCUCUCUCCUCUCUCAUUUUCUGACUCACUCUCUUCAUCUCUCUUUUUCCCGCUAUCACUCUCGGGUUCUGUGACAUAAGCCACUUGCAUGACCUCCAGCCUUCCUCACCUCCCUACUCUCUUUCUAUCUCUCUGUCCCUCUCUCCCUAUCUCUCCAUAUCUCUCUCUAUCUCUCUGUCCCUCUCUCCCUAUCUCUCCCUAUCCCUCUGUCUUGCAUUCCUCUCUUUAGACACAGACAGACUUGUAUCCACUAAAGGAACACUAUGGACUCCUGACAUCCUCAUGACAUCCCUUCUACCUGUCAACACUACUAUGACACAAGACCACAUCCUAUUUAGUAACCCCUCCCAUCCACAGUGACACACUAAUGACUCACCUUUGAACUCACCUAGAAGCUCCUCCAACACUACACUAACUCCUCCCACCACAAUACGGACAGUUGUGACUUCAUCUCGGAACUGGGAACGUUCACCACCACAGUAGCAAAGCUAAUCAAAAGGGAACUGUUGGAAUGGGAUUCAAACUGUAACUGAACUUAAACUGACAAACCGCUUUUUUUACUGGAAUGGUUAAAACCACAUUUCUGGAAGUGACCGUGACGAUUUCCAGUCAAGGUUUUUUUCUUGUGAUAACUAAUUACCACUAAACUUCUGCUGUGUUCCAACAAAGAAUCAAUGUUAGUUCUACUGCCGGUGUUGUUUUCGUAUUUGUUUGAAGUGUGAUUGCUGAGUUGUGGUUCUAACAACAGUGAUGUACACAUGCCAAACUACACACCACUAUUGCAGUAACUUUAUACUAAAGAGUAUUUCUGAACACUUCUUCUCUUCACAGAGCCUUGCUACAGGUAUACUGGAAGGCUUUGCUGUUAACUAUGACCACAUUGUUAAGUUAUGUGAGGGGGAAGGAGGUGAGAGCAUAUUUUGGCUUCUAACUGAAUCGUACCCCAGACCAGGUUAUGUCCCAAAUGGCACACUGUUCCUUACAUCAGGGUUAUCCAACCCUGUUCCU